UGACUGACAGAGAGAUGAGGGGUGGGGACGCAGGGUGGGGUCACAAGCAGGGAGAGGCGGAGGAGGAAAAGGCAGAGAGAGAGAGCCCAGCCCUUGAAUAUACGGCAACAACACACCGACAGAGAGAGAGGCAGAGACAGAGAGACUGGCUGUUUUUUGGGGGGAGCAAAGGGAGCCUUCGACGCUGCGGAUAUGAACUGAAAAGAAACACUGGAAGAGGCAGGGAUCGUGGUUCUAUAUCCCGAAAAUUUAGUGCAAAGGUGGUAAACUAGUCCCCCUAAACCCUCCUCUCUCCCUAACAGUUCUUAUUGAGAUAAGAGCUACACCCAAAGCCCUGAGAGACCCCCUGCUGCUCGUGCUGCUCCACCCCUCCGCUGCUGCACCGCUCCGGCAAUCGAGAUGCACACGGAGACCCGUAACAAGAAAUGCCAGUCUAGUCCUAAGCAGAAGAAAAGUGCUGUUGGCGCUCGGAAGAAGCAGAGGAGCCCGGCCAAGCAGAGCCCCCUGACCCAACAACAACAACUGCGGCCAUCAUCAUCACCUCUGCCACCUGCAGCCCGGGAAGAGGAGGAGAAAGAGGAGGAGCCGGCGACCCAACCUCAGCCACCAAAGGAGGAGGAGGAGGAAUCAGGCAAGGAGGAACGAGAGGAAGUGCUGACAAAGUCUGUGAAGAAGAAGAAGGAAGGACAGCGGGACGAGAAGGAGGAAGAAGAGGGCAAGACAGACAUGCCCUCUGUGCAGAUCAAACCAGAGCCAGAGGAGAUGGAGUGCACGCAGCCAGGUGCCAACUUCCCACAGCCAACAGACCUGAAGGUGAAGAAGGAGCCGCUAGUUUGCAAGACAGAACCCUCUUCGCCCCAGCCGUGCCCCGCUGAGGACCAGAUGGAACCCGUUGACUUGUCUCUUAACAAACCCCGCGUCUUUUCGCUCACUGCCUCUACAGCAAGCAGCACAGUCAACCCUGCACCCAGCAGUGCCGUGACCCAACCCGGCCUGCCAGCCACACCUGUCCCCUCCACGGUACAAUCGAUAGGGUCCAUGGUACUCUCUCCAGGCUCUAUCUUAGCCACGCAGGGUGCUGGGGGACAGCAGAUCCUCCACGUCAUACAUACAAUCCCCUCAGUCAGCAUGCCCAGCAAGGUGGGCCAGCUGCAAACCAUCCCCGUGGUGGUGCAGUCGCUCCCUGUUGUCUACACCACAAUGUCUACUGAUGGCGUUGCCACAGCAGCCAUUACAGUGCCGCUCAUAGGCAGUGACGGUCGCUCAGAAGGCUCAGUUCGUAUUAAGCCAGGUUCUACGUCUCCAGUGGAGUAUCAGAGUGACAGCGAUGCAGAGAGCGGUACAGAGUCCGGAUCAGCCUCUCUCAGUGCCCAGAGCCUUGAUGCAGGAUCGGUGAUGGACUUGGAGCCUGUUGAUCCAGAUUCACCAGACAUCAAGAGGAGGCGAAUCCACAUGUGUGACUAUGAAGGCUGUAAAAAAGUUUACACCAAAAGUUCCCACCUAAAAGCCCACAGGAGGAUACACACAGGAGAGAAGCCUUACCACUGUACCUGGGAGGGCUGCACCUGGCGCUUCGCCCGUUCCGACGAGCUGACCCGACACUUCCGCAAGCACACGGGAAUCAAACCUUUCCGCUGCACUGAGUGCGACCGCUCCUUUUCCCGGUCUGACCACCUUUCCCUGCACCGCCGCCGCCAUGUCAUGAUGUGAACUCUGACCUCCCUACUCCCACAAUUCCCUGUCAACCUCCCCUACACACUAACCUUAUCCCCUGAUGUCACAAAGUCCCUCCCAGCACAUCUUGUACCAGUGCUCCCCCCACCCCACAAAUACUUCUGCUAGUUCCUGUUUUAAUCCUCACCUCACUGACCCAUCCCCUGACAAGAUUUUAAGCCUCAUCAGCAGAUAGACUAAGACGCUGUACCUCCCACCUCCUCUUCAUCUGGAAAUUGCAGGAGCAUCAGGAAUGUGUGUGUACUGUGGAGAUCAGAUGAUUUUUACUGUCAUCAUUGUCAUCAUCGUCACCGUCCACCCAGCACCCCUCCAGCUUCAAAACAGCCCCCCACUGCCAUCCUCAACCCCACCUGUCACAUAAUUCAUCUCCUUUUCAGAAAGAGAAGGGCGCACUGAAGGGCAUCCAACAGCAGGGACGUUCAUCCAUCCAUUCAUCUAUCAUGUGCAUCCAUCCAGUCAUUCAAAGGAAAGGAUGAAGAGGAGAAGACAAGAAGAGGAAUGUGUGUACUAUUUGUAAACUAACAUGAGGAAUCUUAAAAGUAAUGUCUCUCCAGCUGCUUUUCUUUUAUACAAUUUUAAUUCUGUACAUAUUCAGGGUUGGGAAGUUAUGUGAAGCCUAAAUUUGAUAUUUUAUGGAUUUUUGGAAGCAAAGGUUAUUCUCCAGAAUGUCUCAAAUAGCCCGUUUUUCUAGGAACUUGUCAGGAACCUAUAAACGUCACCCUAACCUUACUAUUGUGAUUGGGAAUCCAGUGAACAAGACAAGUUCUCCAACCUAUAUGACCCAUAUGCCUGUUUGUCCCUUCGCUCAUAGGGGCCACAGGGGCGUCUCAUUAAGUAGAGCUCCUGCAGUCGUGUGAGGAACUGCAGCAAUUCUGCCAACAUUAAUGACAACGUACAUUGGCACUACCAAGCUUUACAGACCUUUGUCACCAUGCAAACAGCCACAAACAUGAUGGUUAGCUAGCCUGCUAGCUACUGGAACUCUGUAGUCUUGGUAAUUGUCAUUAUGCUGUUAUUAUUAUGAAACAUCACGGUUUGGUUUAGGCCCGAAAACUACUUGGUUACAUUUAGGGAGAAAAAACUACUUGGUCUUGUUUAAAAGCAAAACCACGCUGGUACAUUUAGAAGCAGAAACACAAGCCACACACUGGAAUUGAGCUUCCUAAGGGAACGUUCUGUGUUUUGUGGACCUAGCCAACACAGACCUUGUGUCUCUACAUAACGUGUCAUGUCACUUCUUUCCUCAUGUCAUAAUCAGGUUGCUAGAUGCCCAUAUAAAAUAACCAAAACUCAGUUGGAUUAUAUUGUUUUUUUAAAAACAGCUUUUGGAUAAAAUAUUUACAAAAUGCAGUUGAUUUUAAAGGUAAAGGCUUCCCACCUCUGUGUAUAUGAAUCUGUGUGUGCAUACAGUGAGCUUGUUCACAGCAGCUGGAGCAACAUCAAGUACAUCUUUCCUCUUCAGUAAACAUGUCUGAUGUAUUGGAGGCUGAGAAAAUCUAAAAGCAAUUUUAUUUUGUCCCGAUACCCUUUUUUCACCUUGCAUCCUCCCCCAUGGCCUCAUCCUCACCCUGUCCACUGGUACAUGGGGCUACAAGACUGUGAACUUUCUGAAGAUUGAUUUGUUUUCAUUGUAUCAAUUACAUUAUUGUCGUUUACGAGUCCUCCCCCUUGCACACACCUUUAUGACUCUUCUUUGAACAGUAUUUACUUUUUAUGCGUUAUUGAUGUUGUAGUUUUCGAAACAGGGCCUUCGGUUCUAUCUUUUUUUAUUUCUUUGCCAGGUUUGGCGCUCGUAACAGAAUGGCACCCUUUUUUAAAAUACUGGUUUCAGAUCCCUUUGUUGUGUUCUGAGGCUGUGAAAAAGACAGAGAAAACGCAAAUAGUUUGAGAUUACAAGCAAAAUACAGGGAACAGGGGAGCUUUUCAGAGUGUGUGAUUUUUGCGUGUGUUGUUCUUGCGUGGGUGUCUGUGGAUGCGUGCAUGUUUUGAGACAAACACAUAAUCAGAAUUUAAGAUUUUUACGAGUGUGUUCCGGGCACUUGUUGUUCUUUUACCUCUUGCCCGUCGAGCCUUAAUAACUGAAGUCAAUCUCUAAGGGCGACACCAGAACCACUGACAGACAACAUUUGGCCAAAGAUCAUCUACGAGUCUCUGGUUUUUGAAACGUAACACUGUUUUCCAGUGAGAUCCCAAUCUUUGUUGUCUGCUUGUUUUUCACUGCUUUCAGUGGGAAGAAUGUUCCUCACAGCGAUGAGAGCUUAGCAUGUUAGUUUUUUUCAGUUCAGAACAAAGAAGUGAGACGGUGCUGCAUGCAGAGCUUUUUAAAACUUCCCAUUUUAACUGGGAGAAAAAAAAACUGCCCCGUAAUCACAUGAGGCUUCUACUGUAAAUUGUGAGCUAUCUGGGAGAUAAUGGAGGAAAUCUGCUUGAUUGCUUUAGUGGCACAAAUAUGAAGAGGGAAGGUUUCCUCCAACACGAGCAGAUUGAAGGCUUUUAGAGAGAAUACUUUAUUUCUUUUCUAAAGUUAAGUAAAGCCUCAGAACUUUAAUUUACAUCUAAAUUAAUGGAUUAUGUGAAAUGCGGACUUGAUUUUGAACAUUUAGAGCAGUUAUCACCGUUAAAGUGCUACCUGCAGCAUGUCAAACAGAUCAUCCUGGCACAGCAGAAAGCACUGUGAACACCUCCUGUCUGCCAUUUUUAGCCUUCACAACGAAACAUCCAACAAUAUAAAAAGCCAUUUGCAAUCCAAUUUUACGACUUUACAAAAUCCUCAGAACAUCAGAACUGUGGAGCCAAU